AGAGAGAGAGAGAGAGAGAGAGAGAGAGCUCAUGUUGGCUUCCAUUAAGAGGAUCGACAGACGAAAGUUUCACUGCUGUAAAUUGAAUGCGUCGCUUUGAACUGCGAUAGUCAACGCGUCUGUUUUCUCUGAGGGAAUAAGAGUUUUGCCGCCACCUUCACGAGAAGCGGAUUAUAAGAGCAACGGCAGAUAUUUACAAGGGAACAUGACUCCAGAUGACGUCCUCAUCUUUGAUUCUUAGUCCAUCCCAUUGGUUUUGAGAAUGAAAGAAUUCUGGAUGGGGCCAUUGAGGCUCACUCUUCUAGUUCUGCUGAGCGGUGUGUCCUUUGGAGUAGUUGAACUUGAGCCUCUCCAUAAGAAGCAACCUCUGUCUCUCAGUCCCCAUAUUCCUCAACAGAACAUCACCCUGGCUGUCAUCCUACCUUUACACAACACAGAGUACCCCUGGGCUUGGCCCCGGGUGGGCCCUUCCUUGCUCUGGGCUCUGAAUAGGGUAAACUCUGACCCCAACCUUCUGCCUGGUUACCAUCUACAGGUGGUGUUCAACAGCAGCGAGGACAAGGAAGGAUUUUGCUCAGAUUCAGUAGCUCCUCUCAUGGCCGUGGACCUUAAGUUCUCAUGCAACCCCUGGGCUUUCUUUGGACCCGGUUGUGACUACUCGUCUUCACCUGUUGCUCGUUUCACCACGCACUGGGACGUUCCGAUGAUCACGGCUGGGGCGAGGGCUCUGGGCUUUAAUCUGUACUCAUCCAUCACCAACAUCGGCCCCACGCACAAGAAACUGGGCGAGUUUGUGGUGAGGAUGCACCAGCAUUUCGGCUGGCACAAACACGCCAUGCUCAUGUUUAGUGAUAAUAAGAAUGAUGACCGGCCAUGCUACUUUGCCGUGGAGGGGCCCUACACAGAGUUGCGCAAUGACAACAUCACGGUAGAUGACUUGGUGUUUAAUGAGGAUGACGAACCAGUCCAGUAUGGAGUACUUCUCCAGCAUGUCAGCCAGAAAGCUCGCAUUGUGUAUGUAUGCUGCAAGCGGGAAACGUUCCGUAAGAUGAUGGUGGAGUUCUGGAGGUUGGGUUUUCCUCAGGAGGAGUACGCCUUCUUCUACGUCGAUCUGUUUGGAUAUAGUCUGCAGAGCCACCCUGCCAAACCAUGGGCACGAGGAGAUGCUGAUGAUAACGCAGCCAAGGAGGCAUUUAAAAGCGUGAAGAUCUUGACCUACAGAGAGCCUCAGAACCCCGAAUACAAGCACUUUGUGUCCAGAUUGAAGACAGAUGCCAUGGACAUGUUUAACUUCAGUGUGGAAGAUUCUCUGAUGAAUCUGAUUUCCGGAGCAUUCCAUGAUGGAGUCAUGCUGUAUUCUCAUGCCCUAAAUGAGACUCUGGAUAAUUCGGGUGUGAGGCCCCAAGGGGACGUGGUCACUAAGAGGAUGUGGAAUCGCACCUACCAUGGGGUCACUGGACUCGUUCAGCUAGAUGAGAAUGGCGACCGGGAAAUUGACUUUGCUCUGUGGGACAUGACUGACACUGAUACAGGAGUUUAUCAGAUUGUGUCUGUGUAUAACGGCAGUCAGAAGCAGAUGAUUCCAGAGCCAGGUAUGAAGGUGCACUGGCUGAAAGGGAGUCCUCCGCCUGAUAAACCUCUAUGCGGCUUCAAGUAUGACAACCCUGCCUGCAUGGCAAAGACUGUCACCAUGCACCAGAUGGUCUCCAUAGUGGUGUGCUUCAUUUUCAUCAUUAUUGUGACGGUCACAGUCUUCAUCUACAGGAAGCUGAAGCUGGAGAACGAAUUGGCCGCUCAGCUGUGGCGUGUGAACUGGGAGGACAUCCAGAUGAGUAACAUGGAAAAGGUGUUACGUAGGGCCUGCAGCAGACUCACCAUGUCAUUGAGAGGAUCUAACUGUGGCUCUCUAAUGACCAUGGAUGGAAAUUUCCAGAUCUAUGCGAAGACUGGAUACUAUAAGGGAAACAUUACAGCCAUUAAGUAUGUCAACAAGAAACGCAUCGAGCUCACCAGGAAAGUGCUGUUUGAACUCAAACAUAUGCGUGAUGUUCAGAACGAGCAUCUAACUCACUUUAUCGGCGCCUCUAUCGAUCCACCCAACAUCUGCAUCCUUACUGAGUACUGCCCACGAGGAAGCCUGCAGGACCUCAUGGAGAGUGAAGGGAUCACGCUGGACUGGAUGUUUCGGUAUUCUCUGAUCUAUGACAUUGUUAGGGGAAUGGCGUUCCUUCACAACAGCGUGAUAGUCUCCCACGGCAACCUGAAGUCUUCCAAUUGCGUGGUGGACAGCCGCUUUGUGCUAAAAAUCACAGAUUAUGGUCUGGAAAGUUUCCGCAAGGAAAGCAGUUUAGAGGACACUCACGCUUUCUAUGCACGUAAGCUAUGGACGGCCCCUGAACUUCUGCGUGCCGAUAACCCACCUCCAUGUGGGACACAAAAGGGAGACGUUUACAGCUUUGGAAUCAUCCUGCAGGAACUGGCCCUGCUGAAGGGUGUCUUCUACCUGGAAGGCCCUUUUCUCAGCCCUAAAGAGGUCAUAGAGUGUGUGGUGGAGGGCCGGUGGCCAUACUUGCGACCACUGCUGUGUCCUCAAAGUCACAGUGAUGAGAUUGGUCAGCUCAUGCAGCGCUGCUGGUCAGAAGACUUCAAUGAGAGACCAGACUUCAGCCAGAUUAAAGUUCUGCUCCGCAAGAAUAACCGUGGAUAUGGCUCCAACAUUCUGGAUAACCUGCUGUCCCGCAUGGAACAGUAUGCCAAUAACCUGGAGGAGCUGGUGGAGGAGAGAACGCAAGCGUACCAUGAGGAGAAACGUAAAGCUGAAGCUCUGCUCUAUCAGAUUCUGCCACACUCAGUGGCAGAGCAGCUGAAACGAGGUGAGAUGGUGCAGGCAGAAGCCUUUGACUCAGUCACCAUCUACUUCAGUGACAUUGUGGGCUUCACCGCAUUAUCAGCCGAGAGCACGCCAAUGCAGGUGGUGACGUUUCUGAAUGAUCUUUACACUUGUUUUGAUGCAAUCAUUGACAAUUUUGACGUUUACAAGGUGGAGACCAUUGGUGAUGCAUACAUGGUAGUGUCAGGUCUUCCCAUGAGGAAUGGCAAACUACACUCCCGAGAGAUCGCACGCAUGUCUCUGGCUCUACUAGAGGCUGUUCACUCCUUCCGAAUCCGUCACCGUCCAAACCAGCAGCUGCGUCUACGCAUAGGCAUCCACAGUGGCCCCGUGUGUGCAGGGGUGGUUGGUUUGAAGAUGCCACGCUAUUGUUUGUUUGGAGAUACAGUCAACACUGCUUCACGCAUGGAGUCCAAUGGAGAAGCCCUGAAGAUCCAUGUGUCAGAGGCCACACAGGCCAUACUAGAGGAGUUCAACUGCUUCCAGCUUGAGCUCAGAGGAGAUGUGGAGAUGAAGGGGAAAGGACGGAUGAGGACGUACUGGCUGCUAGGAGAGAUCACCUCCAACAAUGCCUAGACAACAUUAACAAAGAGAGAUAGAGAGACAAAACUCAACAGUGAUGAGAGAUCAUAACAAAUACAUCUAAACAGCAGAGUAUUGGAGCUGUGUGGUGACAGAAGGGCAGUUUUCAAUUGCUAAUCUCCCAAAGCUUCAGGUUAUUGCCUCCCACUACAACUGAUUUUGCCAAGUACAUGCAAAAGACACAAAACAAUGCUUGAGUAGGAUUGUUUGGACAAGCAAAUGGAAGAUGACAUAACAGAUCGUCAGAUCAGUGACUGUUCAGCCGAAUGAUUGAGAACAGGGCCAUCUGCUGGUGUGACGUCAUACAUGAAGUCUAAAGUUUACUGGUCUUCUAAGAGUUUUGAAUUUCAUUUGUCGUUACCAGUGGCGUCUCAGGGUUAUCAUUAAUGUGGGACACAAACAAUCACGAAUAAUUGACGAAUAAUUCCAAACACUGACGAAUAAUUCCAAAUUCUUUUUGUCAUUUUGACAGAUAAAAAAGAAACAAGAAAAACAUUUUAACCUAGUGCAUCAGUUUUGACUUCACUCUUUGUCGCUCACAUUCCCGCUGUGCAUGUGCCCUGUUUAUUCCCUGCUAUGAAUAUGCAUAAUAGAUGCGUAUUAACUGGCACCAUCAUCAUUUACCUGGUAUUUUGCAUCUCUUUUGUGUUUAGAUUUUGAGUAGCGGGUAUCUGAUAUCAUGACUGCAUACAUCAUUCAUUACUUCAGUGUGUUAAUGUAUGAUAAUAUAGCUCAAACUGCAUAAUAACAAAAAGAAAACACAAAUAAAAGUAGUGCAUAAUUUCAGCCAAUUAUGCAUGCAUUUAACAAGAGCAAACAACACAUUUAGAACAGAAGUGUCCAUUAUUUUAUUGGUGUAACUGCCUUAAUUGAGUUUCACAGAUGUGCUUCUCAUGCAGUACUGCCGCUCCCUAUACGCAUACUGCACAGUCUGCAUAGGGCACCAACUACCUAGGAGGGCACCAGAAAGUCCACCGGCUGCCCUUACUCACAUGUUAUAUACAUUAUAGCAGCACAGACGAUUGCUUCACGCUCAUAUCACGCGACAUAUUGAGCGGUUGAAGUUUCACACUAGAACUCAUUGGUUUCACCAGAUUUAAACAAGGGGAAUCAAGAAAUAUAUAAUCUGAUCUACUGUCAUUUAUGUGUCAUUAUAAUAGAUACUAUGCCCCUCAAUGCCCUAGUGCUUAUAAAAUGAAAACAAAAUAUGACUGAUAAAAUUAGACCAAAAAUAGACUUCCAAUCAUGAUGCCACACAAACAUCCCUAAUAAUGUUAUCUCAGCACAAAACACCACUAAGACUUGCACGUCCAUGUCAAAAAGCUCAAGUGACCGUGAAAGUAAACCGCAAAUAGGCAAGUCGUCAAAGGGUGUGAAUAUUAUCUCACUAACUCGAAUGAAUAGCAUAACAAAACUAAACUAAACAAAAUGACAGACUCAAUAUUUAGCAGUCAUUGAUAUCUAAUACAAACCAAUGCAUCAACAACACAACAGAUCAAUGUAAUGGCAUACAAUUCAAUGAAAUGAUGAACGGUGCUUAACUAAUCCAACCAACAUCACAUUAGAAAAAAAAAACUUUUUAACUUACCAAUGAAGUUCACUACACAGGUCUGCAGUCAAGAGCGGUAGCUUCCAAUGUUUAUGUCAACAGCUGACAUAAAUAUGAUCAAAGCUUUUGAUUGGCUCAGGGGGAAAUGCAAACUAGCCCCUCAGGCCAUCAUUGAAUGCUUGUUGCACAUGAGCAUGAUGUUCUCCAGAUCUCCAUUGAUUAACAUUGAGGAUGAAGGGCUAGCCCCACGCAUAGCAAAUGAGAACGAUUAAAUGGCUUUUAUGCAACAUACCUUAAUAAUAAUAGAAUUUCUCAAAAGAAUAUAUACUUUUCUAUUGUAUAAUGGACAUAAAACAUGUUUAAGUUGCAGAUCACACAUUUAUGAUGAUACCAUUAAAUUUGCACAACAGCGCCCCCUCUGGUGGGGCUUACAUCACUUGUCCCUAAUGUAGAGAUGCGGCUGGUCGUUACUAUUGCUGUGAUGAUAGGUCUUUAUUCAGAGUUUUUAAAGCCAGAUGUCAGGUAUAGUUUUGGCCUGUUUGCGGAUUUGUUGUUUAUGUUGUUGCUGUUACAGAGACACAGUGCUGUAGUCCAUAUAUAUUUUCUGAACACUUUUCAUUAGGUGUCUUUAACUACUGUGUACUUAAGAAUUUGAUACAAUGUACUUAUUAUGUACAUAUAUGUUAUUACAUUGUACUUACAUCUAAAGUACCUGCAUUUAAUGACAUUUUUAGUUACACUGUUAACCUUAUCUCUAACCCUAAUAUAACCCCUAAACCUACCUGUACUUCAACCUCAGUAGCAGCAAAUGUGAAUCUUGUGAGAAUUUUGUAGAACAACAUGUAGUUACACAAUAAGUACAUUGUAUUGUAUGUAUGUAAUGUUAGUUCAUAGUAGUUAAAGACACCUAAUGUAAACUGGGACUGUUUUUCUAGCCAUGAAAAAUAUUCUCUUAAGUCAAGACCUCCUGGGAUGUAAGCUAAUUUAAAACCUCACAGUAAUGAUACGAUUAGUUGGGUCGUUUAUCUGCCACUUUGAAUCCACAGUUAUUUGAGAGAUUAUGAACCACUCAUUCACAUAAGAAAAAUAAUAAUAAAUGUCAAGUUUGAUUAAGAAAGUGUAGAAAUUACAUAAGUUAAUGGUGCUAUAUGUAAGAUUAACAAGCGUUUGAAAUUGGUUCUGAAGUCCAAAUUCAAAAUAUUGGUUGUCUGCCCUGCCCAAGACUCGAAGCUCAUGCGGGUUGCCAGAAUGUUGACAUGCAAAUUAUCCAACUUAGCAUCUGUUUUAAAUGAUUUCUGGGCUUUAAGCUGUCUCUAUCUUCAAAAGGCAUCUCCAGUAUUUUUACUUGUUUUACUACGCCUCUGGUCAUGGUGGUUUUUAGACGGAUGGUGAGACUUUUUAGGUUGGGUGGAAUCGGCCAUCUCUGAUCCAGUUAGUUUGCUGGCUUCCUUGGCUGCAGCAGUGUUGUUUGCCUGCAAACUUGUUCAAAUCUGGCAACCCUGUGGUGUCAAAAUACUAUUGGUGAGUGGGUAGUGGGCUGGAUCACACAGGACAAAACAUAAACAGAAAUUCUGGCCCAGAAUGGAAACUUCAAAGUAGAAUAUACUAGCUGUAGCAUUGUUAUCAUAGAAGCCAGUAUUUCAACUUGGCAUGUUUCCUAAUUCUCAAAUGACAUAUUAUAGUCAUUUUAUGAUUUAGUACAGUAAACAUAUUACAUAUAGCACCUUAAAUGAUGGGUUUUGUUCGCAGAACACAAGAUUUCCCUGUAGAAUUCUGCAAGUAUUGGUGUUUCAGUUGAAAGAUAAUCUUAUUGUGUUAAUUUCACUGCAGUAUUUUCUUUCCCCAUAAAGACAACAUGAAAUGGCAUUUGCCAAUGUAUUUAUCAUUUGUAAUGUGACUUACACUGGCCCCAAAAAGUAUUUGGACAUUGUUUCAUUGCAUUGGAUAAUAAAACAUUAAAUAAAUCAGAUUUUAGUGGAUGUACAGUUCCCCUUAAGUUCAUACAGGUGUACUAGCAGAGUAACCACAGGUGUAGUUCAUCACAUUAACUAUGAACAUGUUCUACUAACAUUUCCAAAUGCCUUUUGUCUUCAUUUUAAUAUUGCUUUUUUAUAUUUGUUUUGUAUAUAUUGUAUUAUGUUUGUAAAAUGUGUGUGCCAUCUUUCUUUAAAAUACAUUUCAAAGACAUUCACACAUUUUAAGUGCAACUUCUGUGUCCAGUUUGUUUUUUGCGCUACAGUAUUUUAGAGUGAAACUGAGUAUUUGCUUUUAUAUUGUUGGUUAAACAACAUAGCAACCUAAAGAAAAGUAAUUUAAGUGGCAGAGCAAGUUAUUAUCAGUGUUGGCUAAGUUACUCAAAAAAGUAACUCACUACAAAAGCUACUUC